AUGGCGGAAACGAAAGUCUUUGGAGUGCCCAUCGCGGGCGAGAUCACCAGCAUGUUGCUGUCCAUGAUCUCGACGACGGUCCUCACCCUGUUCAUCAGUAGGCCCUCGCCCGCCCCGGCCGCCCGCCCUCGCCGUCCGUCGUCGGUGCUGACAUGGCGUCGCGACGCCCCGCAGCGCGAAGGUCUCUCGCCAUCAAAGUCUGGAGCCGGCUUCCGCUCGUUUCCUGGCGUAGGUAACGGCCGACAAAGAUGUCGGAGCGUGGGCCGUGGGCUGACGCGAGCCGUCGACGCAGUUGUCUUUGCCAUCUACGUCGACUCGUACCUCUUCGUCUUCGCGACGGCCAUACUGCAGCACGCCAUCGGCAUCAACAUGAGCUUGGCGACGUGCGAGGGGGCCAUCCUGCUCUGCCUCGUGUGCUACGUCACGACCAAGCACAUCAUCCGCGGCACGCCGAAGCGAAGGCUUAAAUCUCGCCUGUACCUGUUCAACUCGUUUGGCAUGCUCGGCGUGUACCUCGUCGUCGCCGUGCUCAACUUUGUCUUCCGCAUCGCGAAGAUGGAGGACGGCAUGUGCGUCAUCGGCAUGAAGAGUCUCGCCAUGAUCCCUCUCAUCUCCUUUGACGCCGUCGUCAACAUCUACCUGACCUUUAUGUUUAUCAUUCCGCUGCGAAGACUUCAUUCCUUCAAGAACAUGCCGCGAAGCCCGGCGAACAUGCGACUGCGGAAGACGGCGUUUCGGACGUUUUUCGGUGCCCUGUUUACGCUCAUCAGCAGCGUCGUGAACCUCACCGUCCUCAUGGCCAUGGGCGGCCAGCCGGGAUGGGUGUGCUUGAUGUGCUGCAACGGCGAUAUUCUCUUCUCGGCCAUCAUCCUCCAGUGGGUCACGACCGGAGACAACCAUCACGGCCCGGCCAAGAUCAGCUCGUCCGGCGGAGACACGGCGCGCGGCGACCCGUCGACGCUGUCGCACAUGAAGCCGCCUCGGUCGAUGGAGGACCGGGACUCCAUCUUCAGCAAGGCGCGCGCGUCGCCCAACGACCUCGAGCUGUGCGACGGCGACAACAUGAAGCAGUCGGGCAUCGUCAUCACCACGACGAUCCGCCACGAGAGCGGACCCCACGGCCAGGGAACCGCCGGCCAGGGACCCGUGUCGGCCAACUGCAGCACAGCCGACGGAGCGGAGCGGGCGAGCCAGGACUUUCUCGUUCCCGACCCGCAGCUGUACCCCCGUCAGCAGACGAGCAUCGUGGCGGGCAUGCGGGCGGGCGUGCCCGAGUACGGACCUUGA